CCGCGGGAAGACGCGGCGGGCAGGCAGUUCCGCUCCGAGGGCGGAAGUGCGUGCCCAGGUUUCGGCCGCUGACCAGACAGCAACAUGGUGGCACCAGUGUUGGAGACGUCUCACGUGUUUUGCUGCCCGAACCGGGUGCGGGGAGCCCUGAGCUGGAGCCCCGGGCCCGGAGGGCUUCUGGCCUUCGGCACGUCCUGUUCCGUGGUGCUCUAUGACCCUCAGAAAAGGGUUGUUAUCACCAACCUGAAUGGUCAUGCUGCUCGAGUCAAUUGCCUCCAGUGGAUUUGUAAACAGGAUGGUUCUCCUUCAACUGAAUUAGUUUCUGGAGGAUCUGAUAAUCAAGUGAUUCACUGGGAAAUAGAGAAUAAUCAGCUUUUAAAAGCAGUCCCCAUCUACGGCCAUGAAGGCCCUGUUUAUGCUGUGCAUGCUGUUUACCAGAGGAGGGCCCCAGACCUUGCACUGCACACACUGAUAGUGUCCGCGGCUUCCGAUUCUACUGUUCGGAUCUGGUCUAAAGAGGGUUCUGAAGUGACAUGCCUUCAGACCUUGAACUUUGGCAAUGGAUUCGCUCUGGCUCUCUGCUUGUCUUUUUUGCCUAAUACUGAUGUGCCAGUAUUAGCAUGUGGCGACGAUGACCGCAAAAUUCACUUAUUUGUUCAACAAAACAAUCAGUUUCAGAAAAUGCUUUUUCUCUCUGGACAUGAGGAUUGGAUAAGAGGCGUGGAAUGGGCAGCCUUUGGAAGAGAUCUUUUCCUAGCAAGCUGUUCGCAAGAUUGCCUGAUACGCAUAUGGAAACUGUAUAUAAAAUCAACAUCUUUAGAAACUCAGGAAGAUGAUAAUAUAAAACUGAAAGAAAAUACUUUUACUGUAGAAAAUGAAAGUAUUAAAAUAACAUUUGCGGUUACUCUGGAGACUGUACUGGCUGGUCAUGAAAACUGGGUAAAUGCAGUUCAUUGGCAGCCUUCAUUUUACAAAGAUGGUGUCCUACAACAGCCAAUGAGAUUGUUGUCUGCCUCAAUGGAUAAAACCAUGAUUCUCUGGGCUCCAGAUGAAGAGUCAGGAGUUUGGCUAGAACAGGUUCGAGUAGGAGAAGUAGGUGGCAAUACCCUGGGAUUUUAUGAUUGCCAGUUCAGUGAAGAUGGCUCCAUGAUCAUCGCUCAUGCUUUCCACGGAGCAUUGCACCUUUGGAAACAGAGUGCUACCAACCCAAAAGAGUGGACUCCAGAGAUUGUUAUUUCAGGACACUUUGAUGGUGUCCAAGACCUAACGUGGGAUCCAGAAGGAGAAUUUAUCAUCACUGUUGGUACUGACCAGACAACUCGACUUUUUGCUCCUUGGAAGAGAAAAGAUCAGUCACAGGUGACUUGGCAUGAAAUUGCAAGGCCUCAGAUACAUGGAUAUGACCUUAAAUGUUUGGCAAUGAUCAAUAGGUUUCAGUUUGUGUCUGGAGCAGAUGAAAAAGUUCUUCGAGUAUUUUCUGCACCUCGGAAUUUUGUGGAAAAUUUUUGUGCCAUUACGGGUCAGUCACUGAAUCGUGUGCUUUGUAAUCAAGAUGGUGAUCUUCCAGAAGGAGCUACCAUCCCUGCUUUGGGAUUAUCCAAUAAAGCUGUCUUUCAGGGAGAUAUGGCUUCUCAGCCUUCUGAUGAAGAGGAGCUGUUAAAUAGUGCUGGUUUCGAGUAUCACCAGGUGGCCUUCCAACCCUCCUUACUUACUGAACCUCCCACUGAGGACCAUCUGCUGCAAAAUACUUUGUGGCCUGAAGUUCAAAAACUAUAUGGACAUGGCUAUGAAAUAUUUUGUGUUGCUUGUAGCAAUUCAAAGACUCUGCUUGCCUCAGCUUGUAAGGCAGCCAAGAAAGAGCAUGCCGCUAUCAUUCUCUGGAACACUGCAUCUUGGAAGCAGGUGCAGAAUUUAAUCUUCCACAGUUUGACUGUCACACAGAUGGCCUUCUCUCCUGAUGACAAGUUCUUACUAGCUGUUUCCAGAGAUCGAACCUGGUCACUGUGGAAGAGGCAGGACACAAUCCCACCCGAGUUAGACCCAGUCUUCAGCCUCUUUGCCUUCACUAACAAAGUUACUGCUGUGCACAGCAGGAUUAUUUGGUCCUGCGAUUGGAGUCCAGAUGGCAAGUAUUUCUUUACUGGAAGUCGGGACAGAAAGGUGGUUGUCUGGGGUGAGUGCGACUCCAGCGACGACGCCAUCGAGCAGAGCAUCGGGCCCUGCUCCUCCGUUCUGGACGUGGGUGGAGCUGUGACCGCCGUCAGCGUCUGCCCGCUGCUUAACCUUUCCCAACGAUACGUGGUUGCAGUAGGAUUAGAGUGUGGAAAGAUUUGUUUAUACUCCUGGAAAAAGACCGAUCAAGUUCCAGAAAUAAACGACUGGAUCCGCUGUGUAGAAACAAGUCAAAGCCAAAGUCAUACACUUGCUAUCAAAAAAUUAUGCUGGAAGAAUUGUAAUGGAAAGACUGAACAGAAUGAAGGAGAAGGUGCUGAAUGGUUACAGUUUGCAAGCUGUGGUGAAGAUCACACUGUGAAGAUACACAGAGUCGACAGGUGUGCGCUGUAGUGGGCUUAGUGAAUACAAGCGUGUACCCAUCAGUGUCUGAAAGUAUUCAACGUGUAAAUGGACAGCCUUUCUUUACCUCGUACUUGCAUCAAGUUUCGUUUUUAAGCCUUAUGGCAGUAGUCCUUAUAUGAGUCUCAGACCCUCUGAAAUAAGAUGGAAGCUGCAGACUCUUUUCUCAAAAUGUUUAUAUACGCACACACUCUCAGAACCUCACCCUUGCUUUCAGGGAUUCAGACCUGCAUCUGUGUGUUUCUGAUUGAGAGCCUCUGUCCCUGCUUUCUUCAUGACCAAAUUUGCCUAAUUCUGUUAUUUUCGUCUUCUGUUUUCAUAUGCUGCUAUUUGGGACAUUUUAUUAUUUACUGCCCUCUUCUGAGGGAGGACCUAAAAAGUAAAGAGAUAAAGCCCAGAUUUUAACAGUCUUUGUAAAUAAACGGACCACACUUUGUGUGGUCUUGACUCCUUCCUCCCAGUGCAUACCAGCCAUUCUAGGAACUUGGCAGGUGGUUGUGAGUUUGAACUGCAGUCCCUCCCUUCUCCUGUUCCUUUAGGGUUUGACUUAAAGUAGAACAUCCCAGCAUUUAAACUGACAGAUGAAGGGGCUGGAAAGUAGAGUUCCGAAUCAUCUGAACCUCUGUGAGGUCACGUGGAGGAAUCAUGAGAGGAAGGAUGAAGUCAUGAGAGUGAAGGAUGUCCCCAGGGGGAGUGAGCAGUAGGAACAGAAGAACAUGCCAGAGAGAGUAUUGGGUGUGCCCGCGGAGGUUUGGGAAGUGGGCCACCAGAGCUGAACACUCGCUCGGGAACUGGGUGGGGAGAGGUUCAGAUGGGGUGGGAGAGCCUGUGAGGCUGGAGGCAUCUGACCCCAUGGAAACGAGCUGCCUGGCAGACUGCCCCUUAAACGCACACUGUACGUAAUAAAUGUGCCGGAAGAGGGAGCGGUGGGAGUUUAUGCUGUUGUCUAACAGGACAUUUUGCUUCCAGAGUUGUUCAGUGAUACUUAGUCUAAAUGAAAGUUUUUAGAGCAGAACUAUCUGCUAUUUUUAGUCCAACAGAAAUACAGUGUGAGCCACCUAUGUACUUUAAAUUCUUCUAGUACCCACAUAAAGUAAAAAGAGGUGUAAUUUAUUUUGAUGACCCAUUUGUUUUAACCCAGUAUAUCCCAAAUAGGAUCAUUUUAACAGACAAUAUAAAAAGUUACAGAGAUAUUUUAGCCUUGUAUAUGAAAUCGUUGUAUCCUACAAAGUGCAGUUUACAUUUAGAACCCAUCUCAGCGUGGACUGACCACAUUUCAAGUGUCCACUAGCCACCUUUGGGCUACUGGCUAUACCCAUAUUUGGACAGUGCAGUUCUGAACUACAGAAUCUCUAUAAAUUUGUCUUAGACCUUUAGUGGUGUGUGUGUGUAAGCACACGUGUGUGAGCGUGUAUGCACCAAGGCAGUGAGCACCUCAGCGUCUUAACCUCAAACCAGGAUGCCCUGAAGUGUGAUUUCUCUGCUAAUCUGGGGAAGAAUCUGGAUCUCCCCAUUGGCACACAGUAGUUUGUUCAGUUACCUCGCGUGUGGGACUUUAGAGCAGAUUCAAGUGUACUUAACAGUCCUUUGGAACCUUCUCCAGCACACCCUAAGUUCUCCUGAAAGCAGCCCUGGCCUUGGGGAGGCCAAGUUCAUGGUUACUGUUUUACCAGUUGUAAAUAGUUUUCCCAAGUUGUCCUGACGCAUCUGUGUCAUUCAGUUUCAGUGCGUGCUCCCAGGAGCUUCAUACACACACACUGCAAUUUUACGAUGAUGAUCUUCUUUUUAAAAAUUCUGCACUGCACUGUCUUUGCUAGUCUUUCUCUAGCUGUGCCCCAGCUCCUCGUGGUGCUGGCUUCUGCUGGUGUGGAGCACGGACUCUAGAGCACUGGCUCAGUAGUUGUGACCCACCAGCUUAGUUGCUCUGUGGCUUGUGGGAUCUUCCCAGACCAGAGACUGAACCUGUGGCCUGUGCAUUGGCAGGCAGAUUCUUAACUACUGGACCACCUGGGAAGUCCAUGAUGGUCUUAAUCUGUUCUUCCCAGGGAACACUUUGAACCAUACUCUGGUAGUUCAUAACAUCUAAAGCAAAGGGACAGUCUUGCAGCUUUGCUCUGGAGGAGCUGAAGAGUAUUUCAGGAUCCCAGACCUACCCAUGCCGGUUUGCCCUGAUCAUUUCAUUUCUCUGCCUGAUUUACAGCAUCAAAGUUCAGAUUGAUGCCAAGUGCCAGUCUAAGCAGUCUUCUGACCUGCAGGACUUUCCUGGAUGGAGGAGAGGUGGUUGGGUUGUGUUCCCGGCAGUGUUUAUCUUGGACAACUAAGAGCUAAAUCCCUGCCUUCGCAGCAGCCUCGGGGGAAGCAGCUGUGGUUAGUGAUUCCAAAGACAGACUGGGACUGGGGGGAGACUGUGCCAAUUCAGGGAUAAAACAGAAGGACAGAAUCAUCCUCUCCUAAAUGAGAAGUCCUCGCCAUGCCAGGAAAUCCUGGCGGUCUGUAAGGAAAAUGCAAGGCCUUCUUACCCACUCUACAAAUCCUGUGUACUUCUCAAGGGAGUCUGGGUGAGGGUUGGAACCCAGAGGUAAGGAAUCAGAGUUGUCUUUGAACCCUGGCUCACAUUGGCUGUGUCUGGGUAAGCUUUUCUCGUCUCUGUAAGUGGAGAUAAUGUGUCAGUCUGACCUUGAUUCAACUCUGAAAGAAGACGCAAAAUAUUCUUUGUGGCUUAUUGCACGAACAAAGUUUUCUCUCUAAAAAGGAAUCUAGGUAGGCAGGCCAGGUUGGGGAGGGAGACUUCGCAACAUGAUCAGGGUACCCAGGCUCUUUGCCCUCAUCCUUGGUGUGUGGCUUCCUCACUCUCCAGGAUGGCUGCUUGGCCUCCUGCCAUGAUCUUUGCAUCCCAGCCAGCAGAAAGGAGGAAGGCAUAAGAGGCCCCUAACUUUAAGAAAACUUGGAAGUCCACACAAGUUCUGCUUAAUCUCUGUGACCUGAAUUUUAUCUUGUAGCUGUACCUCAAGAGAGGCUGGGAAAUGAAAUCUUUAUUGCAGGUGGUUCUUAGCUGAGAAUUGAAUUGCUUUAUUCUGGAAGAGAGGACAAAUGUUAGUCUCAUUUCAUAAAAAGUAACCACCUUGUGGGGUUGUUUCGAGGAUUAAAUGAACCAAUGCAUUAAAAAUGAUAGUCCGAGGUCUGGAUUUAGUAAGACACCAAUAAUUGUUAACUGUUACAAUUAAAUAAAGUUCAGUUUGUGUCACCUCCA